CUUCAAGCUACGGACAAAUAAAGGAUUUCAUUAUAAUAUUGUUGUCACGGUUGAAACCCGAAGAUUCCCCACACCCGACAAUCUUUUUCAAAAUUAUUCUUAAAUUAUUGAAUUAAUCCUGAAAGAAUCCCGGAAGGAAUUUCUUAAGGAAUCCCAGGAGGAAUUCCCGAAGGAAUCCCGGAAGGAAUUCCUGAAGGAUUCCCGGAUAAUACAUUAUUUUUCAGGAAAACUGCUGCAUCCUCAGCUGAGCAUCACCAAGACGAUGUAAUGAUUAUGCUUUUGCACAUUUUCAUUCGCCAUAAUCUUUCUAACAGCGCACUUGAAGAUUUUCUCCAGCUGAUUAAUGUGAUGGUUGGUUCCUCGUCGCUCCCAACUACCCGAAAUCACGGUACCACUCGGACCAAAUUUUUUAGGUACGCUGACGUUGUUCGGCAGCUGUCAAGAUGCUCCCGGGUUGGAUCAAAGCGACGUUGGACGAUGUAAAAAACUGCGUAAGAGUUUCAACCGGUCUGUUUAGUUUGUUCCAAUCUCGCCGAAGACUAUAAUAAGGUGGUAGGCUCUCAUGCCUGCUGUUCAGCAUCACCUUGGAAGAUGUUACGUGACAAUUUUCACGAGAUCCGGCCAAUUUGUUUGUGUUGCGGAUAACAUAGAUAUUGCUAGAACAUUUGGAACGAUGCCAGAACUGAUAUCUGUCUGAAACAAGAAGCAGCAAGGUCGAUCUGAUGGUGAACGCAUCAAAAGCGAAGUACAUGUUGGCAGGUGGAAUCGUUAACGACAGGGCAAGCCUGCAAAACAGUGUUACCAUAGACGGGAACACAUUCGAGGUGGUGGAGGACUUUGUCUACCUCGAAUCCUUGUUAACGGUUGAUAACAACGGUAGCUAUGAAGUACGAAAACGUAUCAUCAGUGGACAUUGGACCUACUCUGAGCUCCACAAGAACCUGGGGUCGAAAAAGAUUCAAACCGCACCAAGUGCAUCAUGCACUGAAUGCUGAUGAGACCGGUGGUUCUCUACGGACACGGGCUCGCAUGCUGCAAUUGACCUGCAAGUACUCGGAAUUUUCGAGCGACACGUGCUAAGGACGAUCUUUGGCGGCGUGCAGGAGAACGUUGUGUGCCGGCGAAGGAUGAACCAUGAGCUCGUUGCACUCUACGGCAAACUUAGCAUCCGCAAGGUGGCAAAAACUGGAAGGUUACAAUGGGCAGCGCAUGUUGUGUGAAUACCGGACAACAACCCUGCAAAGCUAAUGUUUGCAAAAGAUCCGGAUGGUACAGGAAGACCUGGAGGACAGCGUGCAGAGCGAUCUGGUAACUGUGGGACGCGGCCGAGGGUUGAGGACUUGAUACUGGUAUCAUAUCACUGAAUGGUCACACGGUCCACUUUCAAGUGUUUGACGUGACCAAGGGAACUAAUACAGAGGAUUGUGUACAGUAGAGUAUUGGUUUAAUACAACAAAACUAAAAAAACCGAAAAGAGGCAAAGACCCAAUGCAUUGCGGUAGAACGAGUGGUCCCCGAAAGGGUGACACACACUCACCCAGAGCCACGCUUGUGGUAGCAGCAAAAACCAACUCCACUGCACACACUCCCUAGCUUAAGGUUCCCGAGCAGAGAUCAUAAGAUGGAGAGGAUCACAGAGAAAAGAUAUCUCUGGAGUCUGCACCAAACACGGCAGCCGAACCCAGACAGUCCCGUGUGUACUUUCAAGCGAGCAACACGUCCAAUACUCGCGCGCCGGGAAAUAGAAUUCCAAAAAGAAUAUAAAACCCAGUGCUAAGAACAAGUGAUUCCCUUCGACUGCGUGCUUAGUAGCAACCCCGUUGAUAAAGUACUAUUCCCGCACAAAGACCGUCGAAAGACAGCCGGUUCGACCGGUAACCACCAGGAAUCAGAAGUGUAGUCGGUAGCCUGGUGCCAAAGUAGACGGUCAGUGUGAAGGCCAAAAGUUUCGGGAACAAUCGAGCGUUGUUCCAAAGUGUCUCGGGGUGGGCCCGGCGGAACAACGGGCCAUUGUAGGGGGUGAAUUACUGACGUAGUGCGGGGUUCCAAACUGUCUCGGGGUGGGCACGGCGGAACAGUGUAGACGGGAGGAUUAUGACAACCUACACGGGUAGGCACGUGCAAUGACCAAUGGUGAUAUAACGCGAACCAAUAUCGCGCUGUCUAAUGUAUGUUGGUGAACUGUGACGGUUUACUGGACUGCCGCGGAUUGCCGUACGGAGACCUCGACGAGUGUUUGGAAGUGUCUGAAGAAUGGGUUCGGUGCAGCGAGAUCGAAGGUAGCGAGGCCUCGUAGUGAAACGCUCCAGUGACGCGGGUGGCCCCAACGGACAGCAUGUGCACAAAGAAUUACUUGAUGUGAGGGGGGAAAAAGGGGGACGAUAAUAAAACGAUAAUUGCUUAAAAAGGUAAUCGAACAGUUAUCAGUCAGUUAGAGAAGGAAGGGCUUAAUUUCAGGUACGACCCACACAGCAUAGGAAGAGCCGCCGGUGAGUACAAAAUUAUAAUAUCCUUUUAGAAUUUCAAGGGCAACCGAAUAUCCGGUAACAGACUGCAGCCACGGACCAAGUGUGUGAGUGGAAAUUUCCUUGCCACAUUGUAGCAUGCAAAAUGAUCAUUGGCAUUGUGGAUGUUAUGCCAAGAAGAAGGAAGAAACACCUUUUAAUACAAUACAAAUAGUUUCCUAUAAUUAGAGAAAGUCAAAUUUCACUGACUCUCUACGGGUGGUGAAGUUUUAAUGUUUUAGUUGACAUUCGCUCAAAUCUCGUAUCUUUUUAAAUAUAAUUUUGAAAUGACCUUUGAAUUACCUUGUUGUCAAGCCCAAGCAAUACUGUUAUCUCACAGCUGUUAUCUAGUUAUCACAAUACGUAUAGCAACAUCUUCAGCAUAGAUAGAUAGCAAACUAUUCCGAUAUCAUGCUAAGUUCCAGCUAGCGAAUCAGUAACCUUACAUCCCGAGUAUGGACCGUUGGGCUGGAAAGGUGGCUGUAGUAACCGGUGCCAGUUCCGGUAUCGGUGCUGCCAUUGUCAAAGAUUUGGUCAAAGCUGGCAUGGUGGUCGUUGGAUUGGCACGACGACCGGAGCGUAUCGAUGCGCUGAUGACGCAUCUGUCGGAAUCGGUGCGGGAUCAUCUCCACGCAUUCAAGUGUGAUGUUCGCAAAGAGGAGAGCAUACUAGAGGCGUUCGAAUGGAUUGCGGAAAACUUCGGAGGUGUGGACGUAUUAAUCAACAGUGCCGGCGUUGGUCACCACACCGAACUGCUGGCAGCCGGAAACACCCAAAUGCUACGUGAAGUGAUGGAUACGAACGUGAUGGGACUGGUGCUGUGCAGCCGGGAGGCUUUUCAGUCAAUGAGGAAGCGAUCAGUUGAUGGUCACAUUGUUCAUAUAAACAGCGUUGCUGGUCACAGGGCCAUCAAUCACCCGACCAUCAACAUUUAUUCUGCGUCAAAACAUGCCGUAACGGCCAUUACGGAAACCAUGAGGAACGAAUUGUGGAAUGUGCACACGAAGAUUAAGGUGACGAGUAUCAGCCCUGGAAUGGUUCGUACCGAAAUUUUGCCAGAAGAAAUGCUCAACAAAGGGUAUCCCAAGUUGGAAGCCGAGGACAUUUCCAACGCUGUAUUGUACGUACUGGGCACCCCGCCACGAGUUCAAGUUCACGAAUUGAUGAUCAUGCCGGUUGGUCAGACCUUUUGAUGUGCGUUGAAUUUUCUGUGUUGCGUGCCUGCAAUCAUAUUUACAAAAUAAACUAUUUUGAGCUUGAGCUUUACAUAUUGACAGCCCACAGAAUAGUGCCUGCCACGUAUAAAUGCCAAGUUUAUAUUUAGAAAAGGGAUGACUUGCUGAUAUGUAUAACACUGUGUGGUGUCCGAGCACUCUUUUUCGGCUGAUCCGCCAUCAGCCGAUUUUUUUUUUCCACUGCCUUCACCACAAACCAACACGGACGUCCGUCCGUCACAACAACGUUCACUAAACUGAAGUACAUCUAAAUUUCCAUCCAGCACAUGCUUACGCAUGAUUGACGUUUCUGUUACAUCUCGCACGCAAGGUGUCAAGUUAGCGUUCGCGUUUCGAGAGCACGUUCACAAGCAUUCAUUCGUGCACGCUAAAAUAAUGAUAAUCGCACACGGUAUGAUAAGACUUUCAAAUUGUCCAAACUCUCAAAAUAUACAACUCAUAAGCUGACACCUCUGGCUACUACAC